CCCAUUCCCACAAAAACCAACACGUGGACCUUCUCUCCCACCUCUCUUUCCCUAUAUAUACCCUUCUCACUCAUCUCUCUAGUCUACAUCCUUCACAUUCUUCCAAAAUCAUAACCAAAAACCCUUAAACCAGGAUCAUCAAUCAAGCUUUUCUUUCCCUCCCUUCCCACAAAAUCAUCAACAUAGGUUUCCAUCCAUGGCCUAUUCUUCUUCAUCUUCUCUUUCGUGGGCUCAACCCAAUUUCUCGAAUUUCAGAGAAUUGGGUUCUUACCCAACAACAACAACUUCUUCAUCAUCAUCAUCUUCAUCGGUAUCAUUAUCUCUUCAAAAAAGAGUAAACUGUGCCCUUCAAUCCACUCCGGCAAUCCAUCGCCCACCCACCGCCGUCGCCGUUAAAGAACAUACCGGAAAAUGGAAUCUUUUUCAGAAGGCGGCGGCUAUGGUGCUUGACAGCGUUGAAGGAGCGUUAAUUUCUCGCGAAAGCGAACACCCUUUACCGAAAACAUCCGACCCAGAUGUUCAAAUUUCCGGUAAUUUCUCUCCGGUACCGGAGCAAUCAGUCCGGAGAAAUCUACCUGUGACUGGAAAAAUACCUGAUUGCAUUCAAGGUGUUUACGUUAGGAACGGAGCAAAUCCCUUGUUUGAACCGGUCGCCGGUCACCACUUUUUUGACGGUGAUGGAAUGGUUCACGCUGUGAAAUUUGAAAACGGAAACGCCGGCUAUGCCUGCCGGUUUACUGAAACGCAGAGAUUAGUUCAAGAGAGAGCUCUCGGCCGUCCGAUCUUCCCAAAAGCCAUCGGAGAACUUCAUGGGCAUUUUGGAAUUGCUCGAUUGAUGCUAUUUUAUGCUAGGGGAAUGUUUGGAUUAGUUAAUCAUAACGCCGGAAUCGGAGUAGCGAACGCCGGACUUGUUUAUUUCAACAAUCGACUUCUAGCUAUGUCGGAAGAUGAUUUACCUUAUCAAGUUAAGGUAACCGCCGCCGGCGAUUUGAAAACGGUGGGAAGAUACGAUUUUAAUAAUCAAUUGAAAAACACCAUGAUCGCUCAUCCUAAAGUCGACCCAGUUUCCGGCGAGAUGUUUGCAUUGAGCUAUGAUGUUAUCAAGAAACCAUAUUUAAAGUACUUCCGUUUCUCUCCAACCGGUGAGAAAUCGCCGGACGUUGAGAUUCCAUUGUCGGAGGCAACAAUGAUGCACGAUUUCGCCAUAACUGAGAAAUUCGUCGUCAUCCCUGAUCAACAGGUGGUUUUCAAGUUGCCGGAGAUGAUUCGCGGCGGAUCCCCGGUAGUGUAUGAUAAAGAAAAAACAUCUAGAUUCGGAAUCUUGAACAAAUACGCAAAAGAUUCGUCGGAGAUUAAAUGGAUUGAAGCGCCGGAUUGUUUCUGUUUUCAUUUAUGGAACGCAUGGGAAGAACCGGAAACCGAUGAGAUUGUUGUGAUUGGAUCUUGCAUGACCCCGCCGGACUCCAUUUUCAAUGAAUGUGAUGAAAGCUUGGAGAGUGUGUUAUCUGAAAUUCGACUCAAUUUGAAAACAGGGAAAUCGAUUAGAAAACCAAUCAUGUCGGAAUCGGAUCAAGUGAAUCUUGAAGCAGGGAUGGUUAAUCGAAACAAACUUGGAAGAAAAACCCAAUUCGCUUACUUGGCGAUUGCUGAACCAUGGCCAAAAGUUUCAGGAUUUGCAAAAGUGGAUCUUUGUUCUGGUGAAGUAAAAAAGUAUAAUUACGGCGAUGGUAAAUAUGGUGGGGAACCUCUGUUUUUUCCGAGGGAUUCCAAUUCAGAGAAUGAAGAUGAUGGGUAUAUAUUAACUUUUGUUCAUAAUGAGAAGACAUGGAAAUCAGAACUUCAAAUUGUGAAUGCCAUGACUUUAGAACUUGAAGCAACUGUAAAGCUUCCAUCGAGAGUUCCUUAUGGAUUCCAUGGAACAUUUAUAAGUGCUAAAGAUCUAGAAAAACAGGCUCCAUGAUUCAUGAGUUUGGGAAAAUGUGGAUUUACCAGAGGGAUGGUUGAGAAUACAUCCCCGGAGAUCUCUGUUUUCCAGAAAACAGGGUAUAUACAGUCUUAGUUUAAUCCCCUGUUCUUGGUUUUUAAACUUUUUUUUUUUGUGAGUAAAAUAUAUAUGUGUGAAAGAGAGACAAGCUUGUAGCUUUUGGGUUGUAUGUAGAAGAAUGAAAGCUCAGCUGGUUUCCUACCAUAUUAUUCUUGUUUGUGCAUGAAAAUCGAGUCUUUGAUGAAUAAAUAAAACGACUUUUU